AUGCGUAUUUGGUCAGUAGUGUUUCUGUUUGUUCUACAAAUGCUCGCAACUGUGAGUGCAGAGCAUACCAAUAAUUGGGCCGUAUUAGUUUCAACUUCAAGAUUUUGGUUUAACUAUAGACAUAUGGCAAAUGUAUUAAGUAUGUACAGAACAGUUAAAAGAUUAGGUAUACCCGAUUCACAGAUUAUUCUGAUGUUAAGUGAUGACGUCGCUUGUAAUUCAAGAAACUUAUUUCCUGGUAGUGUUUUCAAUAACAAGGAUCACGCUAUUGAUCUCUAUGGUGAAUCUGUCGAGGUAGAUUAUAGAGGUUAUGAAGUAACCGUAGAAAAUUUCAUAAGGCUAUUGACAGAUAGAUGGUCAGAAGAUCAGCCAAAAUCAAAGAGAUUGUUAACUGAUGAAAAUUCAAACAUUUUUAUCUACAUGACUGGCCAUGGCGGUGAUGAUUUUUUGAAGUUCCAAGACGCUGAAGAGAUUGCCUCAGAAGAUAUAGCAGAUGCAUUUGCUCAGAUGCACGAAAAGAAGAGGUAUAAUGAGAUUUUUUUCAUGAUAGACACAUGUCAAGCAAAUACGAUGUAUUCCAAGUUCUAUUCUCCAAACAUUUUGGCCGUAGGUUCAAGUGAACUAGACGAAAGUUCUUAUUCCCAUCAUUCUGACGUCGAAAUCGGUGUUGCAGUCAUUGACAGAUUUACGUAUUACACUUUGGAGUUUAUGGAACAAAUAGAAAAGAGCUCAAAUUUAACGUUACAGGAUUUGGUUGAUUCUUACACGUUCGAAAAAGUACACUCACACGUUGGUGUAAGGACUGAUUUGAUGGAAAGAGACCCAAAGGAUAUUUUGAUUACUGACUUUUUUGCUAGUGUCCAAAAUAUUUUACCUGAUAGUACCGAAGAUCUUGGAAAGAAGGUUGCGACCAACAAGAUUUUAACUUCCCUACUAGAGCAGAAUUCAAAGACCGACACGGCGGCUAUGGAUGGUACUACUGAUGUCAAAUAUUUCAAAAAAGUUGGUUCUCUGAAUCAGCACCUGGAUGAAGAAAAUGAUAGUUCAAACAGCAUGUAUGACCUGUCACUUACCGCUGGCUCUAUUCUUUUUUCAAUUGUGGCCCUAUUCGUGCUACACAAGUAUUGA